CAAACAAAAUGAUUUGGACAGUUCGAUUUUCACUAUCGUUACUCGUAGUGAUCUGGUCUCAGAGCAUAUACGCUCUCGGUCAGUCACCAUGGCAAAGCGCAAGCAUGGCCGAAAGCUUCAUGACUUACUUUUCUGCUGCUUUAGUACAAUCAGGAGCAUUUACAAAUGAACAGAUGGAUGAUAUAGAUACGAUUGCCUCAUCUAUAAAAAUGGGUGUAGAUAAAAUAGAAAGAAGCGGAAAGACUUCCCAAAACAAACUGCAGGCAAUGAACAUGGCCUUCGCAUCAGCAGUGGCAGACAUAGCCAUAGCAGAAGGAGGAGGACAGAGCGCACAAAUAAAAACUAAUGCUAUAGCCGACGCAUUAGCAUCUGCAUUCCUUCAGACGACUGGUGAAGUUAACAACCAGUUCAUAAAUGAAAUAAGAGGCUUAAUUUCUAUGUUCGCUCAGGCAAAUAGCAUAUCCUCGUCAUCAGCAUCGGCUAGCGCAUCAGCCGCAGCUGCCGCUAGUGGAUCUGGCGGUGCUGGACAGGGAUUUAGAGCCGGAUUAGGAGGUGCAGGCGGAGCUGGAGCAGCCAGUGCCGCUGCAGUCGCUGGCGGUCAAGGAGGACGAGGUGGAUUUGGCGGAGGUUCUCAAGGAGCAGGUGGUGCCGGUCAAGGAGGAUCGGGAGCCGCAGCCGCUGCUGCUGCAGCUUUUGGAGAUGGCGGUUCUGGAUUAGGAGGCUAUGGGACGGGACGAGGAUAUGGAGCCGGUUUAGGAGGUGCAGGUGGAGCUGGAGCAGCCAGUGCCGCUGCAGCCGCUGACGGUCAAGGAGGACGAGGGGGAUUUGGCGGAUUAGGUUCUCAAGGAGCAGGUGGUGCCGGUCAAGGAGGAUCGGGAGCCGCAGCCGCUGCUGCUGCAGCUAGUGGAGAUGGCGGUUCUGGAUUAGGAGGCUAUGGGGCGGGACGAGGAUAUGGAGCCGGUUUAGGAGGUGCAGGUGGAGCUGGAGCAGCCAGUGCCGCUGCAGCCGCUGGCGGUCAAGGAGGACGAGGCGGAUUUGGCGGAUUAGGUUCCAAAGGAGCAGGUGGUGCCGGUCAAGGAGGAUCGGGAGCCGCAGCCGCUGCUGCUGCAGCCGGUGGAGAUGGCGGUUCUGGAUUAGGAGGCUAUGGGGCGGGACGAGGAUAUGGAGCCGGUUUAGGAGGUGCAGGUGGAGCUGGAGCAGCCAGUGCCGCUGCAGCCGCUGGCGGUCAAGGAGGACGAGGCGGAUUUGGCGGAUUAGGUUCUCAAGGAGCAGGUGGUGCCGGUCAAGGAGGAUCGGGAGCCGCAGCCGCUGCUGCUGCAGCCGGUGGAGAUGGCGGUUCUGGAUUAGGAGGCUAUGGGGCGGGACGAGGAUAUGGAGCCGGUUUAGGAGGUGCCGGUGGAGCUGGAGCAGCCAGUGCCGCUGCAGCCGCCGGCGGUCAAGGAGGACGAGGCGGAUUUGGCGGAUUAGGUUCUCAAGCAGCAGGUGGUGCCGGUCAAGGAGGAUCUAGGGCCGCGGCUGCUGCAGCUGCAGCCGGUGGGGAUGGCAGUGCAAGACGAGGAGGCUUUUAUGAUGGACUAGGUUUUGGAGCCGGCUUAGGAGGUGCAGGUGGAGCUGGAGCAGCCAGUGCCGCUGCAGCCGCUGGCGGUCAAGGAGGACGAGGCGGAUAUGGCGGAUUAGGUUCUCAAGGAGCAGGUGGUGCCGGUCAAGGAGGAUCGGGAGCCGCAGCCGCUGCUGCUGCAGCUGGUGGAGAUGGCGGUUCUGGAUUAGGAGGCUAUGGGGCGGGACGAGGAUAUGGAGCCGGUUUAGGAGGUGCAGGUGGAGCUGGAGCAGCCAGUGGCGCUGCAGCCGCUGGCGGUCAAGGAGGACGAGGAGGAUUUGGCGGAUUAGGUUCUCAAGGAGCAGGUGGUGCCGGUCAAGGAGGAUCGGGAGCCGCAGCCGCUGCUGCUGCAGCUGGUGGAGAUGGCGGUUCUGGAUUAGGAGGCUAUGGAGCGGGACGAGGAUAUGGAGCCGGUUUAGGAGGUGCAGGUGGAGCUGGAGCAGCCAGUGCCGCUGCAGCCGCUGGCGGUCAAGGAGGACGAGGCGGAUUUGGCGGAUUAGGUUCUCAAGGAGCAGGUGGUGCCGGUCAAGGAGGAUCGGGAGCCGCAGCCGCUGCUGCUGCAGCUGGUGGAGAUGGCGGUUCUGGAUUAGGAGGCUAUGGGGCGGGACGAAGAUAUGGAGCCGGUUUAGGAGGUGCAGGUGGAGCUGGAGCAGCCAGUGCCGCUGCAGCCGCUAGCGGUCAAGGAGGACGAGGAGGAUUUGGCGGAUUAGGUUCUCAAGGAGCAGGUGGUGCUGGUCAAGGAGGAUCGUUAGCCGCAGCCGCUGCUGCUGCAUCUAGUGGAGAUGGUGGUUCUGGAUUAGGAGGCUAUGGGGCGGGACGAGGAUAUGGAGCCGGUUUAGGAGGUGCAGGUGGAGCUGGAGCAGCCAGUGCCGCUGCAGCCGCUGGCGGUCAAGGAGGACGAGGCGGAUUUGGCGGAUUAGGUUCUCAAGGAGAAGGUGCCGGUCAAGGAGGAUCUAGUGCCGCGGCUGCUGCAGCUGCAGCCGGUGGGGAUGGCGGUGCAGGACGAGGAGGCUUUGGUGAUGGACUAGGUUUUGGAGCCGGCUUAGGAGGUGCAGGUGGAGCUGGAGCAGCCAGUGCCGCUGCAGCCGCUGGCGGUCAAGGAGGACGAGGCGGAUUUGGCGGAUUAGGUUCUCAAGGAGCAGGUGGUGCCGGUCAAGGAGGAUCGGGAGCCGCAGCCGCUGCUGCUGCAGCUAGUGGAGAUGGCGGUUCUGGAUUAGGAGGCUAUGGUGCGGGACGAGGAUAUGGAGCCGGUUUAGGAGGUGCAGGUGGAGCUGGAGCAGCCAGUGCCGCUGCAGCCGCUGGUGGUCAAGGAGGACGAGGCGGAUUUGGCGGAUUAGGUUCUCAAGGAGCAGGUGGUGCCGGUCAAGGAGGAGCAGGAGCCGCAGCUGCUGCAGCUGCAGCCGGUGGAGAUGGCGGUUCUGGAUUAGGAGGCUAUGGGGCGGGACGAGGAUAUGGAGCCGGUUUAGGAGGUGCAGGUGGAGCUGGAGCAGCCAGUGCCGCAGCAGCCGCUGGCGGUCAAGGAGGACGAGGCGGAUUUGGCGGAUUAGGUUCUCAAGGAGCAGGUGGUGCCGGUCAAGGAGGAUCUAGUGCCGCGCCUGCUGCAGCUGCAGCCGGUGGGGAUGGCGGUGCAGGACGAGGGGGCUUUGGUGAUGGACUAGGUUUUGGAGCCGGCUUAGGAGGUGCAGGUGGAGCUGGAGCAGCCAGUGCCGCUGCAGCCGCUGGCGGUCAAGGAGGACGAGGCGGAUUUGGCGGAUUAGGUUCUCAAGGAGCAGGUGGUGCCGGUCAAGGAGGAUCGGGAGCCGCAGCCGCUGCUGCUGCAGCUGGUGGAGAUGGCGGUUCUGGAUUAGGAGGCUAUGGGACGGGACGAGGAUAUGGAGCCGGUUUAGGAGGUGCAGGUGGAGCUGGAGCAGCCAGUGCCGCUGCAGCCGCUGGCGGUCAAGGAGGACGAGGAGGAUUUGGCGGAUUAGGUUCUCAAGGAGCAGGUGGUGCCGGUCAAGGAGGAUCGGGAGCCGCAGCCGCUGCUGCUGCAGCUAGUGGAGAUGGUGGUUCUGGAUUAGGAGGCUAUGGGGCGGGACGAGGAUAUGGAGCCGGUUUAGGAGGUGCAGGUGGAGCUGGAGCAGCCAGUGCCGCUGCAGCCGCUGGCGGUCAAGGAGUACGAGGCGGAUUUAUAGGAUUAGGUUCUCAAGGAGCAGGUGGUGCCGGUCAAGGAAGAGCAGGAGCCGCAGCCGCUGCUGCUGCAGCUGGUGGAGAUGGCGGUUCUGGAUUAGGAGGCUAUGGGACGGGACGAGGAUAUGGAGCCGGUUUAGGAGGUGCAGGUGGAGCUGGAGCAGCCAGUGCCGCUGCAGCCGCUGGCGGUCAAGGAGGACGAGGAGGAUUUGGCGGAUUAGGUUCUCAAGGAGCAGUUGGUGCCGGUCAAGGAGGAUCGGGAGCCGCAGCCGCUGCUGCUGCAGCUGGUGGAGAUGGCGGUUCUGGAUUAGGAGGCUAUGGGGCGGGACGAGGAUAUGGAGCCGGUUUAGGAGGUGCAGGUGGAGCUGGAGCAGCCAGUGCCGCUGCAGCCGCUGGCGGUCAAGGAGGACGAGGCGGAUUUGGUGGAUUAGGUUCUCAAGGAGAAGGUGCCGGUCAAGGAGGAUCUAGUGCCGCGGCUGCUGCAGCUGCCGCCGGUGGGGAUGGCGGUGCAGGACGAGGAGGCUUUGGUGAUGGACUAGGUUUUGGAGCCGGCUUAGGAGGUGCAGGUGGAGUUGGAGCAGCCAGUGCCGCUGCAGCCGCUGGCGGUCAAGGAGGACGAGGCGGAUUUGGCGGAUUAGGUUCUCAAGGAGAAGGUGCCGGUCAAGGAGGAUCUAGUGCCGCGGCUGCUGCAGCUGCAGCCGGUGGGGAUGGCGGUGCAGGACGAGGAGGCUUUGGUGAUGGACUAGGUUUUGGAGCCGGCUUAGGAGGUGCAGGUGGAGCUGGAGCAGCCAGUGCCGCUGCAGCCGCUGGCGGUCAAGGAGGACGAGGCGGAUUUGGCGGAUUAGGUUCUCAAGGAGCAGGUGGUGCCGGUCAAGGAGGAUCGGGAGCCGCAGCCGCUGCUGCUGCAGCUAGUGGAGAUGGCGGUUCUGGAUUAGGAGGCUAUGGUGCGGGACGAGGAUAUGGAGCCGGUUUAGGAGGUGCAGGUGGAGCUGGAGCAGCCAGUGCCGCUGCAGCCGCUGGCGGUCAAGGAGGACGAGGCGGAUUUGGCGGAUUAGGUUCUCAAGGAGCAGGUGGUGCCGGUCAAGGAGGAGCAGGAGCCGCAGCUGCUGCAGCUGCAGCCGGUGGAGAUGGCGGUUCUGGAUUAGGAGGCUAUGGGGCGGGACGAGGAUAUGGAGCCGGUUUAGGAGGUGCAGGUGGAGCUGGAGCAGCCAGUGCCGCAGCAGCCGCUGGCGGUCAAGGAGGACGAGGCGGAUUUGGCGGAUUAGGUUCUCAAGGAGCAGGUGGUGCCGGUCAAGGAGGAUCUAGUGCCGCGGCUGCUGCAGCUGCAGCCGGUGGGGAUGGCGGUGCAGGACGAGGAGGCUUUGGUGAUGGACUAGGUUUUGGAGCCGGCUUAGGAGGUGCAGGUGCAGCUGGAGCAGCCAGUGCCGCUGCAGCCGCUGGCGGUCAAGGAGGACGAGGCGGAUUUGGCGGAUUAGGUUCUCAAGGAGCAGGUGGUGCCGGUCAAGGAGGAGCAGGAGCCGCAGCUGCUGCAGCUGCAGCCGGUGGAGAUGGCGGUUCUGGAUUAGGAGGCUAUGGGGCGGGACGAGGAUAUGGAGCCGGUUUAGGAGGUGCAGGUGGAGCUGGAGCAGCCAGUGCCGCUGCAGCCGCUGGCGGUCAAGGAGUACGAGGCGGAUUUGUAGGAUUAGGUUCUCAAGGAGCAGGUGGUGCCGGUCAAGGAGGAGCAGGAGCCGCAGCCGCUGCUGCUGCAGCUGGUGGAGAUGGCGGUUCUGGAUUAGGAGGCUAUGGGACGGGACGAGGAUAUGGAGCCGGUUUAGGAGGUGCAGGUGGAGCUGGAGCAGCCAGUGCCGCUGCAGCCGCUGGCGGUCAAGGAGGACGAGGAGGAUUUGGCGGAUUAGGUUCUCAAGGAGCAGGUGGUGCCGGUCAAGGAGGAUCGGGAGCCGCAGCCGCUGCUGCUGCAGCUGGUGGAGAUGGCGGUUCUGGAUUAGGAGGCUAUGGGGCGGGACGAGGAUAUGGAGCCGGUUUAGGAGGUGCAGGUGGAGCUGGAGCAGCCAGUGCCGCUGCAGCCGCUGGCGGUCAAGGAGGACGAGGCGGAUUUGGUGGAUUAGGUUCUCAAGGAGAAGGUGCCGGUCAAGGAGGAUCUAGUGCCGCGGCUGCUGCAUCUGCAGCCGGUGGGGAUGGCGGUGCAGGACGAGGAGGCUUUGGUGAUGGACUAGGUUUUGGAGCCGGCUUAGGAGGUGCAGGUGGAGCUGGAGCAGCCAGUGCCGCUGCAGCCGCUGGCGGUCAAGGAGGACGAGGCGGAUUUGGCGGAUUAGGUUCUCAAGGAGCAGGUGUUGCCGGUCAAGGAGGAUCGGGAGCCGCAGCCGCUGCUGCUGCAGCUAGUGGAGAUGGCGGUUCUGGAUUAGGAGGCUAUGGUGCGGGACGAGGAUAUGGAGCCGGUUUAGGAGGUGCAGGUGGAGCUGGAGCAGCCAGUGCCGCUGCAGCCGCUGGCGGUCAAGGAGGACGAGGCGGAUUUGGCGGAUUAGGUUCUCAAGGAGCAGGUGGUGCCGGUCAAGGAGGAGCAGGAGCCGCAGCUGCUGCAGCUGCAGCCGGUGGAGAUGGCGGUUCUGGAUUAGGAGGCUAUGGGGCGGGACGAGGAUAUGGAGCCGGUUUAGGAGGUGCAGGUGGAGCUGGAGCAGCCAGUGCCGCAGCAGCCGCUGGCGGUCAAGGAGGACGAGGCGGAUUUGGAAGAUUAGGUUCUCAAGGAGCAGGUGGUGCCGGUCAAGGAGGAUCUAGUGCCGCGGCUGCUGCAGCUGCCGCCGGUGGGGAUGGCGGUGCAGGACGAGGAGGCUUUGGUGAUGGACUAGGUUUUGGAGCCGGCUUAGGAGGUGCAGGUGGAGCUGGAGCAGCCAGUGCCGCUGCAGCCGCUAGCGGUCAAGGAGGACGAGGAGGAUUUGGCGGAUUAGGUUCUCAAGGAGCAGGUGGUGCCGGUCAAGGAGGAUCGGGAGCCGCAGCCGCUGCUGCUGCAGCUAGUGGAGAUGGUGGUUCUGGAUUAGGAGGCUAUGGGGCGGGACGAGGAUAUGGAGCCGGUUUAGGAGGUGCAGGUGGAGCUGGAGCAGCCAGUGCCGCUGCAGCCGCUGGCGGUCAAGGAGUACGAGGCGGAUUUGUAGGAUUAGGUUCUCAAGGAGCAGGUGCUGCCGGUCAAGGAGGAGCAGGAGCCGCAGCCGCUGCUGCUGCAGCUGGUGGAGAUGGCGGUUCUGGAUUAGGAGGCUAUGGGGCGGGACGAGGAUAUGGAGCCGGUUUAGGAGGUGCAGGUGGAGCUGGAGCAGCCAGUGCCGCUGCAGCCGCUGGCGGUCAAGGAGGACGAGGCGGAUUUGGCGGAUUAGGUUCUCAAGGAGCAGGUGGUGCCGGUUAAGGAGGAUCUAGUGCCGCGGCUGCUGCAGCUGCAGCCGGUGGGGAUGGCGGUUCUGGAUUAGGAGGCUAUGGGGCGGGACGAGGAUUUGGAGCCGGUUUAGGAGGUGCAGGUGGAGCUGGAGCAGCCAGUGCCGCUGCAGCCGCUGGUGGUCAAGGAGGACGGGGCGGAUUUGGCGGAUUAGGUUCUCAAGGAGCAGGUGGUGCCGGUCAAGGAGGAUCGGGAGCCGCAGCCGCUGCUGCUGCAGCUAGUGGAGAUGGUGGUUCUGGAUUAGGAGGCUAUGGGGCGGGACGAGGAUAUGGAGCCGGUUUAGGAGGUGCAGGUGGAGCUGGAGCAGCCAGUGCCGCUGCAGCCGCUGGCGGUCAAGGAGGACGAGGCGGAUUUGGCGGAUUAGGUUCUCAAGGAGCAGGUGGUGCCGGUCAAGGAGGAUCUAGUGCCGCGGCUGCUGCAGCUGCAGCCGGUGGGGAUGGCGGUGCAGGACGAGGAGGCUUUGGUGAUGGACUAGGUUUUGGAGCCGGCUUAGGAGGUGCAGGUGGAGCUGGAGCAGCCAGUGCCGCUGCAGCCGCUGGCGGUCAAGGAGGACGAGGCGGAUUUGGCGGAUUAGGUUCUCAAGGAGCAGGUGGUGCCGGUCAAGGAGGAUCGGGAGCCGCAGCCGCUGCUGCUGCAGCUGGUGGAGAUGGCGGUUCUGGAUUAGGAGGCUAUGGGGCGGGACGAGGAUAUGGAGCCGGUUUAGGAGGUGCAGGUGGAGCUGGAGCAGCCAGUGCCGCUGCAGCCGCUGGCGGUCAAGGAGGACGAGGCGGAUUUGGCGGAUUAGGUUCUCAAGGAGCAGGUGGUGCCGGUCAAGGAGGAGCAGGAGCCGCAGCUGCUGCAGCUGCAGCCGGUGGAGAUGGCGGUUCUGGAUUAGGAGGCUAUGGUGCGGGACGAGGAUAUGGAGCCGGUUUAGGAGGUGCAGGUGGAACUGGAGCAGCCAGUGCCGCUGCGUCCGCUGCUGCUUCACGCUUAUCAUCACCUAGUGCUGCUUCCAGAGUCUCUUCCGCUGUUACAUCUUUGAUAUCAGGUGGCGGCCCAACUAAUCCUGCAGCGUUAUCUAAUACUUUUAGCAAUGUUGUUUAUCAAAUUAGUGUAAGUAGUCCUGGUCUCUCUGGCUGUGAUGUUCUUAUACAAGCUUUACUCGAACUCGUUUCGGCUUUGGUACAUAUUCUUGGUUCUGCUAUCAUUGGGCAAGUUAAUUCCAGCGCUGCUGGAGAAUCAGCUUCAUUAGUUGGACAAUCCGUAUACCACGCUUUCUCUUAAAAAAUUAUGUAAGGUCUUUUGAAUUUUUUGAAUUCAAAUCUAUUUUUUGAAAUAUAUUUGUUCUGAAAU